AUGAGUUCGGAAAGUUCUGAUAGAUAUUCUGAAAAUGAAUAUCCAAACGAAAAAGAAAACAACGAAAUCGACGAAAAACGCGAAGGUCAACAAACUUAUGCAGUUCAAGUCGAAAUUGAUGACGAACCCGACACAUUUUUUAGUUUCCGAAAACUUUGGUCAUUUACCGGACCUGGUUUCUUAAUGAGUAUCGCUUAUUUGGAUCCAGGAAAUAUUGAAGGUGAUUUACAAGGAGGAGCUGAAGGAUAUUUCAAAUUGAUUUGGGUUUUGUUGAUUGCUCAUAUUAUGGGUUUGCUUUUACAAAGAUUAGCUGCGAGAAUUGGAGUUGUCACUGGAAAACACAUGGCAGAAGUGAGUUUUUGAAAAAAAAAAUAUUUGUGAGACCCAAUCAACGAAUUCUUCAAUAUAUUUUCAGAUUGCUCAUUCUUAUUAUCCAAAAGGUCCUCGUCUUGCUCUUUGGAUUUUUGUGGAAUCUGCAAUUAUUGGAUCAGAUAUGCAAGAAGUUAUCGGAACUGCAAUUGCUUUUUACCUGCUUUCAAAUGGAGUGUGAGUUCUAAAAUACAAAACACUUCAAUUUCAUUUCCUCUUUCAUUUUCAGAAUUCCUCUUUGGGCUGGUGUUCUUAUUACAAUUACUGAUACAUUCACAUUCCUUUUCCUUGAAAAAUAUGGAGUUCGAAAGUUUGAAGCAUUCUUCUGUUUUUUGAUUUCUUGUAUGGCAAUAACUUUUGGAUAUGAAUUUGUAAGAACAAAACCAGAUGCUGGAGCAAUGUUCACUGGAAUGUUUGUUCCGUGGUGUGAAGGAUGUUCGACAUCGCAAUGGAUGGUUGGUGUUGGAAUUAUUGGAGCCGUUGUUAUGCCACAUAACUUUUAUUUGCAUUCAGCAUUAGUGAAGGUGAGUGAUAUUUUGAGUUUGGGAAUUAGGAUGUCUUCAGAAAAGUUCCAAUUGUGUGGCUGCUCAUUUUUUCUCCAAAAAUUUAUAAUAUAAAUUUUGCAGAGUCGUCGAGUUGAUCGAAGACGUCAAGAAAAAGUCACCGAGGCCAACAAAUAUUUCUUCAUCGAAAGUACAUUUGCAUUAUUCUGCUCUUUUAUUAUCAACACUUUGGUUAUCUCAGUUUUCGCGCAAGGAAUGUACGGAAAAAGCAAUCAUGAUAUUGUGAGUUUUAUCGCAGAUAUGUAAAAAUUUUCACAUUGCUCCGGAUCUUUUAUUGAUUUGGAAAACUCUUUGCGAAGCUUCUAAUUUGGUAAAUAAAAAAUUUGAAUUCACAUUAUUUUCAGAGACAAGUUUGCUACAAUAACACCAAAAACGAGAUGCCCAACUUCUACAAACUCGAAUUUCCUGACAAUAAUGACUCUGCACAAGUUGAUAUUUAUCAUGCUGGAAUUUUCCUUGGUUGCACUUUUGGAAUCUUUGCAUUAUAUGUUUGGGCUGUUGGUAUUUUGGCAGCUGGCCAAUCAUCAACAAUGACUGGAACUUAUGCUGGACAAUUUGCAAUGGAAGGUUUUAUUCAAAUUCGACUUCCACAAUGGAAAAGAAUUUUGAUAACUCGAUCUUUGGCUAUUCUUCCAACUUUAGCUGUUGUUAUUUUUGCUGGUGGAAUUGAUAAUGUUUCCUCGCUCAAUGACUUUUUGAAUUCACUACAGGUAAUUGAUUUAAUUCGAAUGAAAAUCUUAUAAAUUUAUAUUUUCAGCUCAUCCAAUUACCAUUUGCUUUGAUUCCAGUUCUAACAUUCGUAUCAGAUCGUCGAGUUAUGUUCAAUUAUCGAUUGGAAAGUAUCUCAAAAUAUAUUUCAAUUUUAAUUUCCAUCAUAAUUCUUGCGGUCAACUUUAUUUUCCUUUAUAGUUGGAUCGGUGGAACUUUUGGUUAUAAUGCAAUUUCUAUUCCAAUUGCUUCAGUAUCUCUUAUAAUCUAUAUUAUCUGUAUUCUAUACUUAACAUAUUAUUGCCUGGUUUCUAUGGAAGUUAUUUCUCCAAUCAAAUCAAAAUGGCUUCCAGAACCUUUAUAUCAUCAUUUCGACGCUCCGUGGUUAAAUGACAACGAAACUGGAAAAUUCUAA